AUGCCGGCCUCCGAUGCUCCCCAUCCCUUCAAUCAGCGCUCUGCGGACGUCAUCCUUCGCACCUCCGACUCCAUCUCCUUCCACGUCCAUACCCAGAUUCUCUCCCAAGCCUCCCCCGUCUUUGCGACCAUGUUCGAGCUCCCGCAGCCCUCCCCCGAAGCUCCGGGCGUCGCGACUCUUGUUCGCCCUGUCAUCGAUGUCUCCGAAGACAGCAAGGCGCUCGAACCAUUGCUGCGGCUCUGCUACCCCGUAAAGAAAGCUAUACUGCGGCAGCCGGAGGACAUCCGGCCGGUGCUCGAGGCAGCGAUCAAGUACGAUAUGGAGUGGCCGACCGAAGCUCUCACGAGAACGCUCAUGGCGUGCGCUCCGCAUGGCCCGCUGCAGGUAUGGGCCAUCGGAUGCCGUCUUGGGCUGGAGCGAGUCGCGCGCCGCGGAGCAGAAGUCUUCGCAGGGUCCAUCCCGUCCGAAAGAGACCAGGCUUCGAUACGGAGAGCGUUCAGGUUCCUCCCGUUCGCGAACGACGGCUUUGCCUCUAUAACGUACCCUGCUGAGGGCGUACCUGCACCGGACAUCAUAUGCCGUUGCGUAGAUGGCAUGGAGUUCAAGGCGCACCAGAGCAUCCUGUCUCUGUGGUCGCCUCCUUCCGCAGACAUUACUCUUCGUACGUCCAAUGCCGUCGACUUCCACGUACACACUGCCGUCCUCUCCAUCGUCUCCCCAGUCUUUGCGACGAUGUUCAAGCUCCCACAGCCCCAACAGCCCCACAGAGAGGAAGCGACGGGCACUCCGCCCACACGUCCUAUUAUCGAAGUCGCGGAGGACAGUCGCUCUCUGGACCCGCUGUUGCGACUCUGUUACCCCACCGAGCUCCUUCCCUACGGCAUCAAUCGCUGUAUCGACUUGCUGGCAGCAGCGACGGUGUACAAAGUCCGCCACGUCAUCGAUCUCGCAUUUGCCCGCUGGAAGUCUUUGGUGGAUUGCGAUCCACUAUCGUCGUACUUCUUGGCACACAGAAGAGGGCUCGCAGCCGCAGCCGCAGUCGCCGCCUCGGGGACGCUGGCGAUCUCCGGGGUUUCAAUGCAGCAAAUAUCGGUCUUGCGUAUCAUGGACGAGUUACCGGCGUGGACAUACCAUGUCCUCCUUGAAUACCACGAUGCAUGCUCCCAUGCGGUUUCGGAGCAGCUAGAUGACGCGAAAACAGAGUUCGCGAUAGCUAGCGGGUUCGGGGGAAAGACAUCUUCACCCAGGGAAGCGAACUGCCUGUACAAAUCCGUAUCGCGCCGCUUGAAUGAGCAACAGGAGGCAUUGAAAGAACGUACGGUUGCACCAAAGGCGGAUCACGUAGCAGGCCUGCGAAAUUUGGCCGACGUAGCCACAGAUAUCCAAUAUCACAAAUUAUGCCCUGUUACUUACAACCUCCUCACACGCUUGACAGAGACCUUGCCCCAACGGAUUGAAGAUGCCAUCGGCAAGGUAAGCCCAACUACGCUUGAUCGCGACAACGAACCUGCGCUGACUAAAAGAGGCAGGUCAAAUUCGACAUCGAAGUUGCUACAUAGAUCGCUCGAGAGCCAAGCCGUUUUCCUGUAA